AUGGCUCCAACGUGAGAGAUGGCAGUUGAAACAAAGGAGAUGAUUAUAAAACUUCUUCAAGAAGGUAUAUCAUCACGGAAUGUUGCAAAAGAUGUUGGUUGUUCCGUCAGCUGUGUCUAAAAUCUGGACCAAGUACAAAUCAAAUGGGAAGGUUGUAAAAGGGAAGCAUACUGGUAGACCAAGGAAGACAUCAAAGUGUCAAGAUAGACAGCUUAAAGCAAUAUACUUUGAAUACAGAAAAUGCAUAACAAAACAAAUGAGGAACAAAUGGGCAGAAAAUGGAGUCAAUGUCGGUGACCAAACUGUAAGACAUUGCCUAAAAGAAAUUGGAUUUGCAUGCAGAAAAGCCGAAUGAAAAUCGUCAUUAACACCUAA